UUGCAAAUAUGACUUGAAUCUUUUGUCUAGGGAGCUGGGAAAGGAGCCGGGGAGGAAGGCACCCCUGCCCUCCCUUGCCCCUAAUAUAUUUUUGUUUUCUCAUUCAAAUGAUUUAUUAUUGAGAUACAGUAUGUUUCCCCUAGCAUCCUGCUUUACAUAAUUACUGUCUCUCCAUUGCCAUCACUUUGCUCGCAGGGCAGGUACGCCAACAGUUCCAGCCAAUGACCACUCUGCAGGCUCUGAGGGGAAGGCUGAAUGGGGGAAUGAAUUUACCAGUUGUCGUUCCAGCCCUGGUCUCACUGUCCCUGCUGCCCAAGCUCUGCCUUUAGCAAGGAGCAGGGGCAAGAGGCGGGGGGCUGUUCACAGGGCAGACAAAGAGCGUGGGCGUGUCCACCCUGGGGGAAGGCUGGUCUCCGCACCGGGCACUUCAGCAGAGAAGGGCUAAGGCUGCUACUACCCAGCCUGGGGAGAAGGGGCUGGGGAAGCAACGAGAAAGAGGCUCCUGUGUUCCGUUAUUGGCGCCUUGGCCUCUGUGCCUCCUUUGAAUUUGGCGCCCUGCCUUCUGAUUGGCUUAUUUUAGCAGCCAAUAAACGCGUAAAACUUUGCCGGCUCGUGAGGCUAACCAAUCCGGGGGAGACAUUCGUCUGGGCUGCCCACCAAUGGCAGAGCGCAGCGUCACUGGGCAGGGGGCUGGGUCUGGCUCUCCGCCGGAGACUAUAGACACAUCUAUCUUUUUGUAAUAAAAAGCGAGUGGGUGAAGGGUCGGCUCAAGACGAGCGCGCUUCGCCUCGCCACCAGGCAGCAGUUCCGGCUCUGGCGCUAGAGCCUGGGCGUAGCUCUGUGAGCGGGCCGCUGAGCCGCGUGCUUCGCUCCCACUUUCACGCGCCAUGUCCGGCCGCGGUAAGAGCGGCGGCAAGGCCCGGGCUAAGGCUAAAUCUCGCUCGUCCCGCGCGGGCCUGCAGUUCCCCGUGGGGCGCGUGCACCGGCUGCUGCGGCGCGGUCACUACGCGGAGCGGGUGGGCGCGGGCGCCCCGGUGUACCUGGCCGCCGUGCUCGAGUACCUGACGGCGGAGAUCCUAGAGUUGGCGGGCAACGCGGCGCGGGACAACAAGAAGACGCGCAUUAUCCCGCGGCACCUGCAGCUCGCGGUGCGCAACGACGAAGAGCUCAACAAGCUGCUGGGCGGGGUCACCAUCGCGCAGGGCGGUGUCCUGCCCAACAUCCAGGCCGUGCUGCUGCCCAAGAAGGCGGGCGGCGGCGGAGCCGGGCCGGCCAAGAGCGGCAAGAAGGGCAGCAGCCAGCAGUCCCAGGAGUACUAGGGCCGGCCACGCGCCGCCGGCGGAGACUCACCCCCCCCCCCCCAGGCCCUUUUCAGGGCCGCCCCCAGGGCUCAGCCGUAGGAGCUGCGGAUCCGUAGGCUGCUCGAGCCAUCAGCGGGCUCCUGGGCGGGGAGAGCGCGAGCCCCCCCGCGCCUCAAGCGGGGUUGAAGGAGUCAGGCUUUCCCGCCCUCGCACGGCGCUGGGGGGUGGGGGGGAGGAGAAUUAGAGGCGUAACAGCCGCGGCGUGGAAGACUCCCUUGGGUGCGAGUGGGGAAGCUGCGUGGGGGCCUCCCGCCCGGAGACCCCUUGUACGAAUCGCGAGGAGCCCCGGCUUAGGCUCCCUACCGCUGCGCACGUGCCUGGGGCAGCGCAUAGCUCCAGCUUUAACAGUAAACUCAGCUGCUACCCCGAACCCCAUUGUUCUGCCCCUUCCGGUGAAGCUGCUGUGUGCAAAGCCCUAGUGGCAGAGGAGGCUGCCGCGGGGUCUCUUUUGCUCUGCAAAGGCAUGGUCCACCCCUGAUAUCCAUUUGACUCCUGCCUACCUGAGAUGUUUCAACAUUAGCAAUGCAAAGACUCGUGCAAGCGGUAUCCACGUUUACAGGUUGAAGUGUCGCCCCCUGAGCUUUGCUGCUCCUGGAUCCUUUAAGUAACUUCAUAUGGUACCGACAGAGGACUGGAAAAAAAAACAUAUCAGAAUACAGCUGUAGAACUAACUGCACCACUGUAUGAAUUGCCUGAAAAGUGUUUUUUUUAGUUCCUUUUUGCUGUUUGUUUACCUGUUUUAACUGCUCUGAAAAAUUGUAUAUCUACAUAUCUUGUUUUUAAGACAGAGGGCAUCUUUUGCAUCAGAUCAUGCACAACAAUCCAAAACGUAAACUAACAAGCUCUCAGCCUCUUGAGUGGAAGAAGGCUUUCACUUAUAUCAGCAGUUGUGUGACUUUAUUGAUGUGCUGUACAAUUUUGUCUGCAAUGUUACAACUAUUUACUAGUUUGAUUCUGCAGUGACACUAUACUUUGUUUGACCUGUUUCAACAGACAGCAUCUGCAACCAGAAGCUCAGUACAGCCACUGCAGGAUCAAACCAGAGAAAAUUCUAGGUUUUGUACAAACUUGUAGUUAACAAAACAGCAACCAUUUCUCUUUCAGCUGUGUCCUUUCACUGGACACUGCUAAAUCUGUUGUAGUAGCCUUUGUAACUUCCUGUACAUCCCAGAAAAUGUAGAAAUUGUGUAAUAAAAUAUGGGGUGACCUGCUA